AUGCGAAUUCUGCAUUUAAAAAAAAGUCGUGCAGUGAGAUUGGUUGCUGCUGUAUUUAUUUUAACUCCGAUAUUAUAUCUUUUAUACACUUCUAAAAGUUCAGAAGAGGAGGAACUUCCUAGAGCUUCUCAUAAAAGAUAUAAAGCAAAACCCCAGUUAAGCAACAGUAAUGGAAAUUUUGAGCCUAGAGAGGAAGAAAUAAGUGAUGGGCCUGGUGAAGGAGGUAGACCUCACAAGCUGAGGGAAGAUCAACAAAAUGAUGCAUCACAAUCUUUGGCUGAUUAUGGAAUGAACAUAGCUUGCUCCGAUGAAAUAUCUUUAGAUAGAUCUAUUCCUGACACAAGACUGCCUGAAUGUAAAAGAUGGAUGUAUCCGGAAGAUCUGCCUAAAGCCAGUGUAAUUAUUGUAUUUCACAAUGAAGGUUGGUCUACUUUGUUGAGAACUGUCCACAGUGUAAUCAAUAGAACUCCACCACAAUUUUUAGAAGAAGUUUUAAUGGUAGAUGAUUUUAGCGAUAAAGAAAACCUAAAAGAAUUAGAUGAUUACAUACUAAGAUUUAAUGGAAAAGUUCGUUUAAUACGUAAUUCAGAAAGGCAGGGACUUAUCAGAACGAGAUCAAGAGGAGCGGUAGAAGCAAGAGGAGAGGUUAUAGUUUUUCUGGAUGCACAUUGUGAAGUUAAUAAAAACUGGUUGCCACCUUUAUUGGCUCCAAUUUAUUAUGAUAGGACUACUUUAACAGUUCCAGUUAUCGAUGGAAUUGAUCAUGACACAUUUGAAUAUAAGCCGGUGUAUGUAGAUGGUCAUCAUUACAGAGGAAUAUUCGAGUGGGGAAUGCUUUACAAAGAAAUCGAACUCACAGAUCAAUUUGCAAAUGCAGAUAAUAGAAAAUAUAACAGUGAACCUUACAGAUCUCCUACGCAUGCAGGUGGAUUGUUUGCAAUCGAUAGAAAUUAUUUUCUUGACAUUGGUGCUUAUGACGAUGGCUUACUGGUCUGGGGGGGAGAAAAUUUUGAAUUAUCCUUCAAGGUUUGGCAAUGUGGAGGAAGAAUUUUAUGGGUUCCAUGUUCUAGAGUAGGACACGUUUAUCGUAGCUUUAUGCCUUACACAUUUGGCAGCCUUGCUAAAAAUAAAAAAGGACCUUUAAUUACAAUUAAUUAUAAACGUGUCAUAGAAACAUGGUUCGACGAAAAGUAUAAAGAAUUUUUUUACACGAGAGAACCUUUGGCCAGGUACUUAAACAUGGGUGAUAUUUCAAAGCAAUUGGCUAUGAAAGAAAGAUUACAAUGCAAAUCAUUUCAAUGGUUUAUGGAAGAAGUUGCUCCUGAUUUGCUGACGAAAUUUCCAGAAUUACCACCCAACGUACAUUGGGGUGAACUUCGCAAUUUGGCUACAUUAAAAUGUUUGGACACUUUGGGACACGGUCCUCCGGCUAGAAUGAGUGUGUCUGAAUGUCACGGUUUUGGAAAUAAUCAGUUAGUAAGACUCAACUCGCAAGGACAGCUCGGGAUCGGUGAAAGAUGCAUAGACGGUGGAAAACAAGGGAUCAGACUCGUAUUUUGUCGACUGGGUUCCGUGGAUGGACCUUGGCAAUACGACGAGAAGGGUAGGACUUUAUUACACGUCAAAAUGCAAAUGUGUUUGGCUUUACAUCCUCAAACAUCUCAACUUUCUCUCAUGCCUUGCGAUUAUAAUAAUUCAUUCCAUCAAUGGAUAUUCAAAGAAAUUCAUCCGAAAUGGUAG